AUGGCUGACCGCCGUCGUACCAAUGCGCCUGCAGGCGGUACAUCUGCUCCCAUCUUCGUCCCCACCACCGAAACAUCAUCACAACGACCAAUUCGUCAACGAUCCGCAUCCACGCCUCGUAAAAUCUUCCUGCAAACAGGUCUGGUGCCAUCAGCUUCUGGAUCAGCCUACUUCGAACUUCAUCCUUCUACCGACGCUGCCAGAACAACACUCGUAGCCCAAAGUGGCACUCUCAAACUUACUUGCACUGUUCAUGGUCCACGACCACUUCCUCGCACCGCCGCUUUCAGCCCGAAUCUACUUCUCAGCACACACGUCAAGUUUGCGCCAUUCGCGAGUCGUCAAAGAAGAGGUUAUCUUCGCGAUACUGCAGAAAGAGAUCUUGGACUGCAUCUGGAAACUGCACUACGAGGUGUGGUGAUUGGCGAGCGCUGGCCCAAAUCUGCAGCCGAGGUUGUAAUUACCGUUCUGGAAAGUGAGGAAGAUGAUUGGUGGCGUGAUGACGAUGCCAGCAAGAAAAACAUUGGAGGUGUGGGUUUGAUGAAUGUGCUGGCUGGUUGCGUUACUGCUGCAAGUGCCGCUCUUGUGGAUGCAGGGAUCGACUGUGUUGAUCUUGUUUCUGGUGGUGUUGCUGCAGUCACUGGUGAAGGCAAGGGAGAAUUGGUACUGGAUCCAUGCCCGAGUGAACACAACGACCUGCGCGCCGCAGCUGUAGUCGCCCAUCUUCAAUCAAGAGACGAACUUACAGAAUUAUGGGUCAAGGGCGAUGCUGGAGAAGGAUUUGAGACAUUGGUUGAUCGUGCUGUCGAUGCUGCUGGGCUAUCAAGAAGUGUGCUCGCAGAAGCUGUCAGAGAGGCCGCUGAAACCAAGACUACGGAUGCUAGCAAGCAACAAGUGGCCAAGGCGACCGAUGUCGAAAUGACAGGAUGA